GUUUAUAGUUAGUGGCAUCGUGACGCUAGCUGUGUGGAUGAGAGACUCGCAUUCUGUCAACACUCAGUGAGUCUCUGCACCUUAAACUGCUGAAGAUACUUGUGUAGGACCCUACAGUCGCAGAUCAGCGGGGAGCGUUUAGUGAAACUCUAGAGCUCAUGAGAGCAGCAUUCAUACAUCAGAAUCUCUCAGCUUUCACCUGUGCGUCUGAGCCAGAAUGGACUGUAAUCCAUAAUGCAAAAAAUAUUACUUACAGAGACACAGCCAGCUCUGUCCUUCGGUAGUGGCUUUGUCCAUGGCGUUCUUGCAGAGGACUGGAGACUACUGCCACGCUCAACAUCUACACGUCUAAACCCGGGGAGAAAACCGAUCUCUGGAUGCACAGAGACACUCUUCUUUCUGCUGCCUCCUGUGGUCCUGCCACCGCGAAACUCUUCACAAAUCUAAUGGGGUGAUCUUACCUCUCUGGCUACAGUAAGCCAUUAGAGAGAGGAUAUAAGAUCUUGGGGACUUUGAACAUUGAGGAGUCUUGCAGUGUUUUAUUCACAAAGAAAGAUCAGAGACUGAGCAAAACCGUGAAGAGCAUCCGUCGGGUGAAUUUGCUUGGAAACGAUUUGGAGGAAGCACAAUGGCUCGGAUGAACCGGCCGGCUCCCGUGGAGGUGUGCUACAAGAACAUGAGGUUCUUAAUCACACACAACCCAACAAACUCCACUUUGAGCAGCUUCAUAGAGGAUCUUAAGAAGUAUGGUGCCACGACGGUGGUCAGGGUUUGUGAGAUAACCUACGACAAAACUCCACUGGAGAAGGAUGGGAUCACAGUCGUGGACUGGCCAUUUGACGACGGUGCUCCCCCUCCCUCUAAGGUCGUGGAGGACUGGCUGAGUCUCCUGAAGAGACGUUUCAUAGAAGAGCCUGGCUGCUGCGUGGCUGUGCACUGCGUAGCCGGUUUAGGAAGAGCUCCAGUACUUGUGGCCGUGGCGCUGAUUGAAAGUGGGAUGAAGUAUGAAGAUGCCAUCCAGUUCAUCAGACAGAAGCGCAGGGGUGCAAUAAACAGCAAGCAGCUGACGUAUCUAGAGAAAUAUCGGCCCAAACAGAGACUGCGCUACAAACACCCGCACAUUUUCAAGAACAAGUGCUGCAUCAUGUGACUGCACCCUCACCCUGCUGUUCUGAACCGAGCUGAACCUGACGGACUGGGCCACAACUGAUGCACUUUGCUGAUUUGCUAUUAAAAAGAUGAACUGAUUCGGUCUGGAUGAAAAUCCCACUGGUGCCUAAAAUCCUCCUCACUCUGACUGUGGUGUGGAUACUGCCAUGGCUUUUCUGAGACUUGUGGCUCAGAGGACUAAACGGCUACAUAUCUCCGAGAUACGGCGAAGGCAACCUCUGACCUUUGACCUUGCACCAGGACUGACACCCUAAUCAUGCCUCAAGUGAUCGUGAUUGUCUGAAAGAGCCAGGCGGUGUGAUAAUGUGAAUCGUGGACAAAAUUUGUGCUCUUUCUCACUGUCUCUACUACUACUUUUUCUUUCUACCACUUUCCUGCUCUGCCCGAUUUCUAGACAACUUUCAAGUUUUCAGCACAAAUCUUUUUACUGGUGACCUUUUCCAUGACGCUUUUGUUUUGUGAGCAAACGACGGUUGAAUUGGACUUAUGAUGAAGGGCUCAUGUGAAAGAUAUUUCUUCUUGCUUUUUUUAUUUGGAUGCGUGCCAGACACUAAAUGGUUUCUGAAGGCUACAUGAAGGCGGAUGAAUUUAACAACGAAAAUGCUUAUUAUGCGUGUUUAUGUGCUUAAACUCAAGCCUUGUGUUUGCUGAAAUAAUUUUAAUGUGUAAGAACUGCUAGACUCCCUGGAGGCGAUCUGUCUACGAUGCUUGUCCAUUCAGGUCAACAGAAAUCAGAUGGUGGAAAAAAUGGCCCUAUAUGAAAGAAUUAUGAGACGAGACUGUGGUUUAAAGUUGUUUUUGUCUGUUUUUUUUUUUUUUUUUUUUUUUAAGAACACACCUCCAGCUGCAUAAUACAAAUAAAGUCUGUUGCAAUCAUGAA